AUGACCCUAAACACGAAGCAAAAGGCUGCUCUUGCUGGGUUAGCUAAGGAAGCCGGAUACGAUGACGUUGAAGAUUAUGCUGCGGAUCAUUUGAGUUCCAAUAAUAAAGAAACAGAAAAAGAAGCUUACCAAGAUGCUACUACGAUGGUUAGAAAAUUAAAUUCUUUAGGUACAAAUAAAAGUAAAUCUUUAUUCGCUGUUUUCGAUUCUGGAGCGAGCUGGUGCGUGGUUAAUUCCGUGGAAUAUUUGACUAACGUUAGAUAUGACUUAACCGCCUCACAAGCAUUGUUUUUCAAUGCUAAUGAUGAACCUCUUUUUGCAUAUGCCUUAGGAGACUUGGAACUAGACAUUAAAGGCUACAUUGUAAGUUUAAAAGAUGUUACUGAUGGUAUUCCACAUAAUUUGUGUUAUCAGUUGGUCAAAUUACAAAAUGUAAUGACAUUGGGAUUUAUUUUCAUGAUUGCCAAAUGGAUAUUUACAGAUAUAGUUCUAAGAAAAUAUUACUGA